CUAUGUGGCCAGGAACCCAAGGCACAGAGGCUGGCUGGAUACUGAGAGGUCUACCUGUGCAGGGUGAGUUCGGCCGCUGGGCAUGAGGUGUGAGGGGCCUUCCCUGCCAUGUCUGCCGUGUGUGCUCUCUGGGCAUUUGGAGAGACCAGUGCGGCUGCAUGCAUCCUGGGGUAGAGAGGGGAGGCCACCACUGUCCCUGGAAGCUGGACACGGGACACACCUGGGUCUUGGUAUGGAGGUACUUUGAGGAACAGCAGGAGAGCCAUGAAGCAGUGCCCCACCACCCUCCAGCAGAAUCUGGAAUGUUCUGUGCUGUGCGGGGAGCCAGGGCUCCCUGCCAGGGCUGUGGGAGGCCUCAUCAUCCCCGGAGCUCUCUCUGGACACAAGUCUGGGUGGCCGCCCCUCCCCCCUGGAACUACCUCGGUUUCCCCAUCUAUGAAGCAGGAGACAGGGGGUGGUGGGUCCGGGUGGGGCGGUCGGUGGUCAGCCUCUGGCCUUUCAGACACUCGCUGUACAGACCGGCGGUUUCUGCCCACCAAGGCCAAGGUGUUUGUGGCUCUGCUGAGCUUCCCGGGAGCCAGGAACAUGUGGGCGCGGCACCUCAUUGAGCACGUCACCUGCUUCUACACGGGGAGUUACAGCUUCGAUGGGACCCUGUACAACAAGGGGUUAAAAGGCAAGAAGGACCACUGGCAGCCGGCGCACCAUCUGCGAGAAGACCCACGAGAGCGGCCACAGGGAGAUUGAGAUGUUCGACUCGGCCAUCCUGCUGAUCCAGUACCCAUAG